CUGGUGUUGGGGCGGGCGGGCCCCGGAAUUGUCAUUUCUUUGUUUCCGAAGGCGGAGGAGGCUUAGACCCCCCCUCCCUGUCCCACCCCCUCCCCCCGGGUGCUGGCUCCAUGUCUGUGUGACCGGCCCCAGGGGUAGAGUCCAGGCCCGACGCGGGGCGGGCCGGCGGCGGCGGCUGAGGUGAGAGGCGGCGGCGGCGGCGCGGGCACCCGGCCCCCCAGCGGGAGGAUGAAGCGGCGGAACGCCGACUGCAGUAAGCUCCGCCGCCCCCUAAAGCGGAACCGGAUCACCGAGGGCAUCUACGGCAGUACAUUUUUAUACCUGAAAUUUCUGGUGGUGUGGGCACUUGUCCUUCUGGCAGACUUUGUCCUGGAGUUCAGAUUUGAAUACCUAUGGCCAUUCUGGCUUUUCAUCAGAAGCGUCUAUGAUUCCUUCAGAUACCAAGGACUGGCCUUCUCAGUAUUUUUUGUCUGUGUAGCAUUCACAUCAAAUAUAAUAUGUCUGCUGUUCAUCCCCAUACAGUGGCUUUUUUUCGCUGCUAGCACAUAUGUAUGGGUUCAGUAUGUGUGGCAUACAGAAAGGGGAGUGUGUUUGCCUACAGUGUCCCUCUGGAUACUCUUUGUUUAUAUUGAAGCAGCGAUUAGAUUUAAAGAUCUCAAAAAUUUUCAUGUAGACCUUUGUCGUCCAUUUGCUGCUCACUGUAUUGGCUACCCUGUGGUGACUUUAGGGUUUGGCUUCAAAAGUUAUGUAAGCUACAAAAUGCGGCUAAGGAAGCAAAAGGAAGUACAAAAAGAGAACGAAUUUUACAUGCAGCUUCUUCAACAAGCUCUCCCACCAGAGCAACAGAUGCUACAGAAGCAAGAAAAAGAGGCUGAGGAAGCUGCCAAAGGAUUACCUGAUAUGGAUUCCUCGAUCCUCAUACACCACAACGGAGGUAUCCCAGCCAAUAAAAAACUUUCUUCAACUUUGCCAGAGAUAGAAUACAGAGAAAAAGGGAAAGAAAAGGACAAGGACGCCAAAAAACACAACCUUGGAAUAAAUAACAACAAUAUUCUACAACCUGUAGACUCUAAAAUACAAGAAAUUGAGUAUAUGGAGAACCACAUUAACAGUAAAAGAUUAAAUAAUGACCUUGUGGGAAGUACAGAAAAUCUCUUGAAAGAGGAUUCAUGCACUGCUUCCUCAAAAAAUUAUAAAAAUGCUAGUGGAGUUGUGAACUCCUCCCCUCGAAGUCACAGCGCCACAAAUGGGAGCAUUCCUUCCUCAUCUAGUAAAAAUGAGAAGAAACAGAAAUGCACUAGCAAGAGCCCAAGUGCACACAAGGACUUAAUGGAAAACUGUAUUCCUAAUAACCAGCUGAGCAAACCAGAUGCACUGGUAAGGCUGGAACAAGACAUUAAAAAGCUAAAGGCUGACCUGCAGGCCAGCAGGCAAGUGGAACAAGAACUCCGCAGCCAGAUCAGCUCCCUCUCAAGCACCGAGCGAGGGAUCCGCUCAGAAAUGGGCCAGCUCCGGCAGGAAAAUGAGCUGCUGCAGAACAAGUUACAUAAUGCUGUGCAAAUGAAGCAGAAAGACAAGCAGAAUAUCAGUCAAUUGGAGAAAAAGCUAAAAGCUGAGCAGGAAGCCCGGAGUUUUGUAGAAAAGCAGUUAAUGGAGGAGAAAAAGAGGAAGAAGUUAGAAGAAGCGACUGCUGCUCGAGCUGUUGCCUUUGCUGCUGCGUCUCGGGGAGAGUGCACAGAAACAUUACGGAAUCGAAUUAGAGAAUUAGAGGCAGAGGGCAAAAAGCUCACAAUGGACAUGAAGGUGAAAGAAGACCAGAUCAGAGAACUAGACCUGAAAGUUCAGGAACUUCGGAAGUAUAAGGAAAACGAGAAGGACACUGAGGUGUUAAUGUCAGCCCUGUCAGCCAUGCAAGAUAAAACGCAGCAUCUGGAAAACAGCCUGAGUGCAGAGACAAGGAUCAAGCUUGAUCUGUUUUCUGCACUGGGGGAUGCAAAGCGACAGCUCGAGAUUGCCCAAGGACAAAUUCUUCAGAAAGACCAAGAAAUCAAGGACCUCAAACAGAAGAUAGCUGAAGUCAUGGCCGUCAUGCCCAGCAUAACAUACAGUGCUGCCACCAGCCCCUUGAGCCCUGUUUCCCCCCACUACUCUUCCAAAUUUGUGGAGACCAGCCCCUCUGGACUUGAUCCCAAUGCCUCUGUUUACCAGCCCCUGAAGAAAUGAAACCAGCUGUGUAUUUUGUUCAACCAUCUGGUUAUCAGAAGGCAUCACAAAAAGGAGCAUCUGGCAGUCAAGAUAAAAAAAAAAAAGUUUAUAUUGUAUUUUGUGAAACCAUACAUGUUGUCAUUUUUUUUUAAAGGGGGGAAGAUAACAUCCAAGUCUGAUUAGAAUUGCCCGUCAGUUUUUCUUAUAAAUUUUUAGAAGACCUCACAGAACUUUGCAGUUUAUUUUUCUCAGCCAAUACAUUAAAACCAUUCUUGGAUUUCAAGUAGCCAAUUUUUGCCUUUUAUGUAUUCUUAUAAUUUCCUCUUGAAGGGAAAAAAAAGUUUUUUGCUCCUUGACCUUUCAUUUGUUUGUUCUUAAAUAAGCAAAAUAUGCAUAUUGGAUUUAUUCACAUGGGAUAUUAAUAUGAAAACCUAGUUUUUAGAGUAAAGGGGUUAAAUAUCCUAACAACUUUGAUUCUAUAACUUCAUUAAAGAUAAUUAUUGAUAUUACAGAAAAUGAAAAUUAAUUUCCCCUCUAAGGACCAAAUUCAAGGAUUAUCAUAUUAAACUAAGGGGAGAGACUCAGGUGAUGAGACUAGCUGUGAGAAAUGUCACAGGGGUUGUGUUUGAAAUGUUCAUGUUCCCAUCAGUGUGUUUAGUCCUAGAAAAUUGCUAGUGGCAGUCUUGUUCACAGUGCCUUGGGAAAAGACAUUUCAAGAGGAAACUUGAUGGUUUUAAACUACUUCCCCCUUUACCAUCAUCUAUCUACUGUCUGUAUCAAGCUCACUGCGGAUCCUGCUGUAACACUGAUGGGUAACUGGGUUGUUGGUGGUACCUUCUGUUUCCUAUAGAAACACCACAGUGUUCUGGACUUGAUUUGAGGAAAGCACUUGAGGAAGGGGAGCUGGGUGGUGUAUGAGAGACUGUAAUGAUGGCUAAUAAUAAAAGCUGCAGUUCUGGGUUUUUUUUUUUUUCCAAUUUCAUUUAUUUUAGCUGUUGCUUUUCACUGUCACUUUGUGUUUGACUAUUUAAAAGAAACUUGACUAUUCCUCAGCUCUUGUGCCAAGAAGGGUUUUUUUUUUUCCUUUUAAGAUUUUUAAAUUCAAAGUCUGCACAAAGAUUUAAGUUCCAAGUGUAUAUUAUACAUUGGUAGAAAAGGUUUGCACUGGCAAUUUUUGGAAAUUUUUGUUUAAGAAUAAGAGAGGGGGGUGGGUUUGGGGAGGGGCUGGAAGAGGGAGGGGCAAAGCAAAAUUGUAUUUGGACUCUAGAAAAAUUAAGAAACCAAAUAGUUUGGUUUUGCUUCCUUGCCAUGGAUUCUAGAAGGUCAUGGUUGUUCUGAAAUGUCCUGUUAAUUGGCAAGUACAUCUCAUUUAAAGCAAAUUAAGUAGGACAAGCAAGUCAGUAAAAUAGAAAUGUUAAAAAAGAAUCAUUCUUUUAACCAGAGAUCUUAUUUUGGGAUUAACAAACAAACAAAAACUUCUAGCUUUAGCCAGGUAUGCAUGUUGCUGCCAUUUUGCAUUUUUGAAUCAUCUUGUGUAAUUAUCACCAUAAAAGUGUUAUUCAGAAUUGUCAUAGACUUUUUUCAUCUUUGUGCAAAAACAUGAAAAACUGUCACUGACUUUGUGUUGAGGUUUCCCCCGUUCUGCUGCCUUUUGGGACACCAUUUUGUUAAAUACUUGGUCUUGGCUGCAUCCUUUUUUUUUUUUUUUUCCCUGUGGGGUUCAAAAGAAUAAACAUUUUCUUACGGAUAAAA